AUGGCUACUCUUAUUGCCCCCACCAAACAUUCUCCUGUUGAGGAUGCUGAAACUAUCUACAGUGCAUGUAAAGGAUUUGGGACUGAUGAGAAGGCAAUAAUUUCGAUACUGGGUCAUAGAACUGCACAACAGAGGCAGCAAGUCAUAAUCGCUUAUCAAAAGCUUUACCAUGAAGAUCUUGUCAGCUGCCUUGACUCUGAACUCAGCGGAGACUUUAAGAAAGCUGUGCAUCAAUGGAUAUUUGAACCAGCAGAUCGUGAUGCAUUGUUAGCGAAUGAGGCCAUAAAGAAAGCAGUCCCGGACUAUCAUGUGAUCAUCGAGAUUGCUUGCGUUCGUUCUCCUGAAGAACUCUUUGCGGUGAGACAAGCUUACCAGGUGCGCUACAAGCGUUCUCUGGAAGAAGAUGUGGCGGCUCAUACCACCGGCGAUAUCCGCACGCUCCUGGUUGCUUUAGUCAGCGCAUUUAGGUAUGCUGGUGAUGAGAUAAACGAGAGAUUGGCUGAGUCAGAGGCUGGUAUUCUUGAUGAUGCUAUCAAGGAUAAGACAUUUAAUCAUGAAGAAGUUAUGAGGAUUAUAUGUACAAGAAGUAAGGCACAGCUGAAGGCGACUUUCAAUCGCUACAGAGAUGAGCACCAUGGCACUCGCAUCACUAAGAAUCUGAAAGGUGAAGGUAAUCAGGGCGAUGAUUUUGCAGCAGCUUUGCGUACAGCUAUGCGCUGCAUCAAAAACUCAAACAAGUACUUUGUAAAGGUUGUCCACAACGCAAUGAAAGGAGCUAUAACUGAUGAGGAUUCACUAACUCGUGUGAUGGUUACGAGGGCAGAGAAGGACUUAAAGGAGAUCAAGGAGCUUUACUACAACAGGAACAGUGUUAGUUUUGAUCAAGCUGUGGCCAACAACACUUCAGGAGAUUACAAGGACUUCCUUUUAACUCUGUCAGGGAAAGAAGAUUAA